AUGCGCGGAUCCUCGUCGCUCCUUUACCUUCUCGGCCUCUUCGCCACCACCGCUCUCGCCCACCCUGGAUCCCACGACGCUCACGACAGCCACAUCGAGCAUGCCCGCUCGCUCCCCGGAUCGUGGUUCCACGCACGCAACCACCCCGCGCACAAGCUCUUCAAAAAGUCCGGCGACGGCCAGACCUACCCCGAUGUCGGCAGCGAUGAGUGGAUGACGGGCUAUCCCACUGCGUGGAAGAACAUCCAGGCGAAGGACGUCCCGCAGGCGUGGAUCGACGCGCUGAACGCAGCCAAGGCCGCGGGCAAAAUCCCCGACAUCCCGGUCUCAACCCAGACCGAAGCGGGCACGAACCCCACCUACCCCGACGGCCACUCCCCGACGUCGAAGGAGAUCUGCUCGUCGACGUACAAGGAGUGCCGGAACCCCGACGACAUCUGGGAUGCGCCGGAUGGGGUUUUCGCGUCUUCGUUUGACGACGGCCCGGAUGAUGCCUCGAUGACCUUGUAUGAGUUUUUGAACGAGCAGAAGGUCGUGACCACGCACUUCAUGAUCGGGAGCAACGUUCUGUCUUACCCCAAGGAGUUUACCUAUGCCUUUGAGACGAUGGAGAGCGACAUCGCGGUUCACACGUGGUCGCAUCCAUACAUGACCACCCUCAGCAACGAACAGGUCCUCGGUGAGCUCGGCUGGACCAUGCAAGUCAUCCACAACUCGACUGGCGGCCGUCUCCCCAAGUUCUGGCGCCCGCCCUUUGGCGAUUCCGACGAGCGUGUUCGCGCAAUCGCGAAGGAGGUCCUUGGGCUGACCACGGUCAUCUGGAACCAGGACACCGCGGACUGGGCGAUCUCGACCGGCUACACGACGACCUCCAAGGUCGAGUCCGACCUCGCCGGCUGGCUCGCGGGCCCCAAGUCCCCCGGGCUCAUCGUCCUCGAGCACGAGCUCACGAGCAACACCCACGGCUGGAAGUUCGAGAGCCUCGCGCGCAUGAACGGCAGCGCCGUCUACCAGAACGCCGCCGACUCCGCCCCGGACGCGGACGUCGCGCCCGCGCGGGUCGGCGCGCCGUUCACCGCCGCCCCCGCGGGCUCCACGAGCGCCACGUCGAGCGCCGCGUCGAGCAAGGUGGCCGCGACGGGCAACAAGCAGCACGUCGCGUCGUCCGGCAGCGUUUCUGCGGCGCCGACCUCGGCCACCUCCCCCGUGCCGUCCGAGAAAUCGAAGUCGGGCGCGGGCGCGCUGGCCUCGCCCGCGUCGCGCGUGGGCGCCGCGUGUGUGGGCAUCGUGGCCGCGUUGUUCGCGCUGUCGUGA